GUGCUCUCACUCUUGAACACAGCUCUGCUUCAAGCUUCAAUGGCUUUUGUCCCCACUUAGACCUCCAUUGCAUUCAAUGGCAUCUCUCUCUACCUCUCUUGAAGGAUGACUCCAAAUGAACAGCAAGACAACAGCAAAAGGUCUCGCCUUUCACUCCACCCAUAAAUACAAUCACCAUCCUCACAAAGUCGCUGCUAUGUGGCCUCGCAAUUGACUCAAGAGAGGAGGACAAAGGGAAGGCCCAAAUGGGGGGUGGAGCUCCUCUGCCUCCCGCUCUCUGGCUUCUGUCUUGUUUUUUCACUCUCUUAUGUUUGGAAGAAAUCACCGGAUUUGAUAACAACAUGGUCCAUAGUUUUCCUUUGACACUCCAACUGGAUUCCUCUCUGAAAGAACAAACUGGUGCUCUUAUACCUGAAAUGCCUCCUAACAGUUCUCCUCAGCCGUUGAUUCCUCUCCUUGCACCUUCACCCUUGGCACCAUUCUCAAAUAGUAGUACUCCUAAACUUUCAGGCCAAUGUACUUUAAACUUUUCUGCUGUUGAAAGCUUGAUGAAGACUACAGCUGUUGAUUGCUGGGCCUCCUUCGCUCCUUUCCUGGCCAAUGUUAUUUGUUGUCCGCAGUUGCAAGCUACUCUUGCCAUCCUUAUUGGACAGUCAAGUAAGAACUCAGGGAUGCUUGCUUUAGAUUCAACGCGUGCAAACUAUUGCCUAUCAGAUGUUCAGCAGAUUUUGCAAAGUCGAGGAGCUAAUCCUGAUCUUCAGCAUAUUUGCUCCAUACAUCCAUCAAACUUCAGCGAAGCUUCUUGCCCUGUCAGUGAUGUCAAUGGGUUUGAGAGUGUCGUUGACUCUUCUAAACUCCUGGCUGCCUGUCAGAAGGUUGAUCCAGUGAAUGAAUGCUGUAGCCAAAAAUGCCAGAGUGCUAUACUUGAUGCCGCGAGAGAACUUGCCUUCAGAGAUGGUGGCUUGCCGAGCUUGAAUGUAGCCCAUCUAUCGUCUGAGCGCACAUCCAGAAUCGAUGAUUGCAGGAGCAUUGUCCUUAGAUGGCUGUCCAGUAGGCUUGAUCCAUUAUCUGCACAGCAAGUACUCAGGCGGAUAUCAAACUGCAAUGUUAAUGCAGUUUGUCCUCUGGUUUUUCCAAAUGCUGAGAAUGUUGGACGAGAAUGUGGAAACAAGAUCAAGAAUCAUACCACAUGCUGUAAUGCUAUGGACAGUUACAUUGUUCACUUGCAGAAGCAAAGUUUUAUAACCAAUUUACAAGCAUUGGAUUGUGCUUCAUUGCUCGGUCUUCAGUUGCAAAAGAUGAAUAUAAGCAGGAACAUUUACAAUUAUUGUCAUGUAACUCUCAAAGACUUUUCUCUUCAAGUUGGAUCACAAGAGUCUGGAUGCCUUCUGCCGAGCUUGCCAUCCGAUGCAACAUUUGAUCCGUUUUCAGGAAUCAGCUUCACUUGUGAUCUGAAUGACAAUAUCGCCGCUCCAUGGCCAAAUGCGUCACAAGCGCCAUCGUCCUCUUGCAAUAAGACUGUAAAAUUACCAGCAUUACCGGCUGCAACAUCUGCACAUCCAGGGAAAAGUAUGAUGGGAAUGAUGCUUGCUCUUUUAAUUGAUUCAUUGUUGACUUUUAUGUUGCUUGUUUGAUCGAUCAAGUAUCAUUACCGGUCAAUUACUCAGCACUACCAAGAUGCAUUUUGAAGAUGAAGGUUCAAUUAAGCAUCAAGUUGAAACAGGAAAUUUAGUUGUGAGGCAGGAUAGUUCAUAGUUGUUUGUAUUCUGAUGCCACAGUAAAAAAUGGUUUAAUUCUUGUAGGAAUAAGUUAUCUGUAAAAGAAAGGGUAAAAAAUGAGGCAGUCCAUUUGUAAGUAACCAGAAGCUGAUUGUUCCUUUGCAAAAGCUCUUUCCUUCAUACAAGCAUUUUCUUAAUCAAUUAAUUAUUUAUUUGUUUGGUUGUUCUUGGCAA